UUUUUAUUUUUAUUUUUUAUUUUUUUUUCGCUUUCCGUUAUUUUUCUCGGGCAAGAUAGUAUUUAAACUACUUACAAUACAGCGAGAAAAGCUCGCAUAAAUGGGAAUGCCAUGGUUUCGAGAGAAGAUCCCGGAGCUUUCCCCGUCUCAACCAAUAGAUCUGUUAUUUUCUCAAUUCUUGAUCUUGCCAAUCUUUUUCUGGUCCAAUGACGACAGUAAUGUGUUUCAAAGCAGAGGUGAUUGAAAUGAUCUUCGAUAGUAGAAGAUUGAAAGAGAGUAGAAGGCAGAUGAAGGGAGGAGAGGAAGAGGGGAGGAUGAAGAACGAGGAAAGUGAGAGAAACAAGGAAGAGAAACGAAAGUUAAAACGAAUGUCUGACCGAAGAGGAAGAGAGCUUCUUCAGUCCGAAGGCAACAGAAAAGAAAAAAAGAAGAAUCCGGAUGAGAUUGCAGUUAAGUUGAGGCAAAGUCGGGACUUGAAAUAUCAACAGUACAGAUGCGCAUCCAUUGGACGAUUUUUAUUUGCUGGAGAUGAAGUGGUGCGGCAGGGGAAUUGGCACAUGCUGGUCUGUACAUUUUUUUUUUUUUUUUUUUUUUUUUUUUCGCCCAUUGGUAAAAUAAUAACCAAAAUAAUGAGCUCCAGUUCCUUUUGUCAUUUUGAGUGUCAUGCAUGGCUGUAUUUUUGCCUCGUGCAUCAAGCCCGAGGGAGAGACCCUGGAUCUAGAUGGACUUUGGAUGAUAAGUGGGAACAGUGGGGAAAGGGAUUGACGGCGGCCCAUGCAGCUAGACUAUGUACAGUGACAUGGUCCACGAGUGGGGUGGACGGUACCGUAUUGUAACCUCAGAGCUCUCCGAGAGGCUCGUCUGCCGCCGGGGGUGGGUCCUGUUGGUACGGUACGAGUACGGAGAUAAUUUUCUCUUGUCCCGUGACGGUUAUUGUUCUUUUUCAA